UUCAACCCGUCUGCAAACCGAUGAGCCCUAGAAUAUGCUCCCAGGACGUUGGAAAUCGCAUGUUAUAAAAGCUAGCUGUCGUCGCUUAAUUUCUCUAUUAAGAUAAAUCAUCUUUGAGCUGGAGAGGAUGACGAUACAUUCGUUUUAAUUUAAAAAGACGCUGUUUAGAACAGCAUAUCGCUAGCCGGCUGGAAGGCAGUUGACCUGCUCGCUAGGUUUUGAUUCGCUCUCAUUGUUGUGUGGCGACGUAUCGUUAGCUAGCACAUAGGCUAGCUAGCUAAUUAGCUAGCGCAGGAUUCAAGAGUUCCGCAGCGAAAAAAUGGCUUGUGAACCUAACCGUGUUCGGUUGCUAUGCAUGUUAUCACUGACAUUUGGGUUUUUUAUCGUGGAGGUUGUGGUCAGCCGGAUCACUGCAUCCCUGGCGAUGCUCUCGGACUCCUUUCACAUGCUAUCGGAUGUCAUAGCGCUUAUGGUGGCUUUGGUCGCUACCCGCUUUGCGGAGAAGACACAAGCCACAAACAAAAACACUUUCGGAUGGAUCCGUGCGGAGGUGAUGGGGGCCCUUGUCAAUGCAGUGUUUCUCACGGCACUGUGUUUUACCAUCAUCCUGGAGGCAAUUGAGCGUUUUACCGAGCCACACGAGAUCGAAAGACCCCAUAUUGUCAUUGGUGUCGGGGCGGCGGGGCUUCUGGUUAACCUGCUAGGGCUGUGUCUCUUCGGACACGUCGGAGGGGGACAUGGCCAUUCCCACGGAGGCCACUCUCACGGAGGCAAGAAGAAUAAGAGAGCGAAAUUGUGCAAGUCUGAACGGCCGUCCGGCAGUGGCUGUUCGGGCGAGGAAACCAACAACUUGGUUGGAAAUCACAACACCAGCCCGAACGGCGUAAAUGCCGACGGACAUGAGGCGUCUCGGAAGGAGAGCGGGGAGCUGCAGCUGAACGGGAGCACUCCGUACGAGGAGCUGGAGUCGGGCCUGCCGGAGGUGGACGACUCGUCGGCGGCGCAGCUCAACAUGCGCGGCGUCUUCCUGCACGUGCUGGGCGACGCGCUGGGCUCGGUCAUCGUGGUGGUCAACGCGCUCAUCUUCACCUUCGUGUGGGAGCCGUGCGAGCCGGGCACGCCCUGCAUCAACCCGUGCGCCCAGGGCCACUGCUCGGACCACCUGCACCUCAACCACACGCUGGUGCCCGUCGGCGGCGGCGGCGAGGCCAACGAGAGCCUGCUGCUGGAGGACGGCGCGGGCGUGGAGAUGCUGGUGACCCGCGCCGGGCCGUGCUGGGUGCUCUACCUGGACCCGGUGCUGUGCGUCACCAUGGUGACCAUCCUGCUGUACACCACCUACCCGCUGCUCAAGGAGUCGGCGCUCAUCCUCCUCCAGACGGUGCCCAAGCAGAUCGACGUGAGCCAGCUGAGCGAGCGGCUGCGCGCGCUGGACGGCGUGCUGGCCGUGCACGAGCUGCACAUCUGGCAGCUGGCGGGCAGCCGCAUCAUCGCCACCGCGCACAUCAAGUGCCAGGACCCGGCGGCGUACAUGGACGUGGCCAAGCGCAUCAAGGCCUGCUUCCACGACGCCGGCAUCCACGCCACCACCGUGCAGCCCGAGUUCGUCACCAUGGACUCGGCGUCGCGCGCCUCGCUCUGCGAGCUCUCGUGCCGCACGCAGUGCGCCCCCAAGCUCUGCUGCGGCGGGACCGAGGAGAGCAACGGCGGCAACGGUGGCGGAAACGGCAACGGCAACGGCAACGGCAAGAGGCCGGCGGAGGUCGGGAGCGGCAGCAAGGCGGUCGCCGAGGCCACGGCCACGCUGGAGGUCAUCAGCGAGUCGCUGGAGAGCGCGGCGGCGAGCGGAGCGGGCCAGAUCCAGGUGUCGCCGCGCUCCGAGACCGACCCGGCGUCUGCCGCCUCCGCCGCUGCCGUUGUCGUCGCGAGAGAGGUGGAAUCCUCCCUGUGAAGAUGCUCAGACGGCGAGAGAAAGAAAGGGAGAGCGAGAGAGAGAGAGAGAGAGAGAGAGAGAGCAAAAGUUGGAAGAACGAGAAAAGCUGAUGCCUUUUGUUAAUGUGAUGGAGGAACGGGCUCAGUGUGGAGGCUCUGUGGAGAACCUGAAGUCACUCGAUGACAUUUCUCUGCGUUUCACCAAAAAAAAAAAAAACACUGGAAGGCUGCGAAACGUGUCUGAUAUCACUCACUCGAAAGAGAGGGACCUCUUUAGGGAGACCUGAACACACAAACACACAAAAACACACACACACACACGCUCGCACUCGCUCGCACAUCUCUCCAGAUUUGUUUUUGUUUUUUCUGCCAACGUUUAUUUCUGAUGAUGAGCUAUGUGUGUGUGUUGGUGUGUGCGCGUUGUGUGUUUGUUCCGUGCCUCUGCAUGCAUGUGUUUUUCCGUGCGCACUGCGUUGUGAUGUGAUGUGAAGAUGACGUCAGGUUGGUGUUUAAACGUGUGCCAAAGCUUCUUCUCGUGCAACCUGGGGAGGGGGGGGGAGGGUAAAGAUCCUUCAUCUUUUUUUGAACCUCCCGCCCAAAGCAAAAACUCAUGCAACUGACUAAAGCACAGCGCUGCCCACUCCACUUUUCCAGAACUUUCUUUUCUAAAAGUGUUUUCUUCUUCAGAAUAUGCUUGACGCCAUCAAGGCCCCCUUUCCCUUCCUUGUCUCAAGAUUGUUUUAAGACACGAACAACAAGCUAUAUUAAUAAUUUAUGUAUUUAAGUUAUUAGUAACAAUCUCUUACUCUUUCUGUAGGCUUUUAUAUGAAUUUUAGUUAGAAAUAUUUUUUUUUUGAGCCAUGAAAUUGGAAAAAAAAAAUGUAUUAGCUUUUUUUUCUGUUGACUUUUUCAUACACAAACCAUGCAACUAUGCUGUACAGUUUUGUUUUUAGUCAAAGAACUGGACAUUUCAGAAACACUUUCCUGCCUUUCUCUUGUGAAUGGUCUUUUUCGUAGGACCUCUGAUUGAAACAAAGAACCAAGGUCAUCAUCAGCCACUUGCCUUCCAUGGACCGCUGCUUUGAUGAAGCACUGGUCAGGUGGCGCUCGAAACGUACAAAAAGUGAAUUACUCAGAUGCCUUGCAAGUCUCGUUGUCAGUCGUCUCGUCUGUAUGUGUAAAGUAAAGAAUUGUCUGUCACAUUUUAAUUUCAUGACUAUGCUGGUCUGGAGCGGGGCACUUGGGAAGCAUUUGUGUGUCAGUGGAACUGUGUUCUUGAAAAUCUACAGGGAUUGGUAGUGCACUGGGUGUUCGGUAAAUUGUCCACAUUGCUGGAACAUUGUAAGAACCAGAGCCCAAUACAGAGGCUCUGGUAACAACCACUUUGCUUGACCAAACUGAGGUGUGUUUGCGUAAAUCACUAGGCAACAAGGGAUCCCAGGUUCACUAACAAACAUUGUCGUUGUUUGAGGCAAUUGUCCUCUCAGAUAUCACAACAUAGCAAAGUGGUAAUUAUUUGGUCUCGACUUCCACCCUUGUGAGGGAUUCCAAAUAAUGAUUUCAGUUUCCCACAUUCUUUUCAUUUCCGGUGCCCACAAAAACAUGUUCUAGUUAUCAGCUGCCCAAGUGUGAUGGACUUCUAUUGGUCACCUACCGCACAGCAUUCAGCCAGUGGCUCCUGUAGACUAGCAGACUCUUUUCAGUGUGAGCCAACAGUCAGCUAUCUAGAUGACUGAUUACUCAUUCACUUUUCUGGUGCAUGAAGCCUCAAAGAGUCUUGAAGACCAGCAGCAGUGUGAUCAGGUUCAUUUAAUGAUUUAGUGGUACCCUGGUGCUGGACCCUGAAUGGUGCCGUGGCUUCAUUCCUCCUCAUUCCUUGUGUCAGAUGGUGACCGAUAGAUGCAUUGUGGGUAGACAUUAAUGGUGAAUGUAAACUAUGACAGAAGACCUAAGAUCGAUGCAGAUUGGACCUUUCUCACCUCCCCUCUGUUGGUGAUUGGUUCCUUUUUUUUUAUUAUUAUUAUUAUUAUUAUUAUUAUUAUUUUCAUGUUCCCUAAAUCAAUGGGAUGGCCCUUAACAAUUUUUAAAAAAUAUUGUCAUAUAUAUACAUAAUAUGUAUAUAUUAUAUUAUAUUACAUAUACCAGUCAAUAUGUGUCAUUGUGAAUUAAAGAGGACUGUUUGGUACAGUU